GGACAGCUGCAGACAGGGGCCGGACCAGCUUUGUUCCCAGGGUGGCGCCCACUCUCCAUCCAGGCCCCGCUCUGCUCCUGCCUGGCGCGGCUUUCCUUCCUGGGGCUCCGUGGGCAACUGGCGCUGGGGUCCCCGCCAUGAACGCCUAGAAGCCCAGAGCCACCAGGGUCUCUCUGUCCUCCUGUGGCCCAGGGCUCUGGAAGGAUGGGGCAGGACCAGACAAAGCAGCAGAUCGAGAAGGGGCUCCAGCUGUACCAGUCUAACCAGACAGAGAAGGCACUGCACGUGUGGACGAAGGUGCUGGAGAAGAGCGCGGACCUCGUGGGGCGUUUCCGUGUGCUGGGCUGCCUGGUCACAGCACACUCGGAGAUGGGCCGCUACAAGGAGAUGCUGAAGUUCGCUGUGGUGCAGAUCGACACCGCUCGGGAGCUGGAGGAUGCUGACUUCCUUCUGGAGAGCUACCUGAACCUGGCGCGCAGCAACGAGAAGCUCUGCGAGUUCCACAAGACCAUCUCCUACUGCAAGACCUGCCUCGGCCUGCCGGGCACCAGGGCCGGCGCCCAGCUCGGCGGCCAGGUCAGCCUGAGCAUGGGCAAUGCCUUCCUGGGCCUCAGCCUCUUCCAGAAGGCCCUGGAGAGCUUCGAGAAGGCCCUGCGCUAUGCCCACAACAAUGACGACGCCAUGCUCGAGUGCCGCGUCUGCUGCAGCCUGGGCAGCUUCUACGCCCAGGUCAAGGACUACGAGAAAGCCCUGUUCUUCCCCUGCAAGGCCGCAGGGCUCGUUAGCGACUACGGCAAAGGCUGGAGCCUCAAGUACCGGGCCAUGAGCCAGUAUCACAUGGCUGUGGCCUACCGCCUGCUGGGCCACCUGGGCAGCGCCAUGGAGUGUUGUGAGGAAUCUAUGAAGAUUGCUCUACAGCAUGGGGACCGGCCGCUACAGGCGCUCUGCCUACUCUGCUUUGCUGACAUCCACCGGAGCCGCGGGGACCUGGAGACAGCCUUCCCCAGGUACAACUCUGCCAUGAGCAUCAUGACUGAGAUUGGAAACCGCCUGGGACAGGUGCAGGUGCUACUGGGCGUGGCCAAAUGCUGGAUAGCCAGGAAGGCACUGGACAAGGCUCUGGAUGCCAUCGAGAAAGCCCAGGACCUGGCCGAGGAAGUGGGAAACAAGCUGAGCCAGCUCAAGCUGCACUGCCUGAGCGAGAGCAUCUGCCGCAGCAAGGGGCUGCAGCGCGAGCUGCGGGCGCACGUGGUGCGCUUCCACGAGUGCGUGGAGGAGACCGAGCUCUACUGCGGCCUGUGCGGUGAGUCCAUCGGUGAGAGGAACAGCCGGCUGCAGGCCCUGCCGUGCUCCCACAUCUUCCACCACAGGUGCCUGCAGAACAACGGGACACGGAGCUGCCCCAACUGCCACCGCUCCUCCAUGAAGCCUGGCUUUGUGUGAGUCCCACCAGCAGCCUUGGGCUUCUGCCUCAUCUCCCCCUGCUCCUUGUCCAUCAUCCUGCUGGAGGCCCCUGAUUGGUCAUGCCUUAGACCCUGUUUAGCCCUGGGGCAGCGGCCUCCUCCAACCUGCCAGAGUCCAGGGCCUGCCCACUGUUGCUCCUCCAGGCUCCGCUGCCCUCCCUGCCUCUUUGUACUUUGCUCUUUAUAGAAAAAUAAACUGUUUGUACCUGA